GACUCCCAAAAAGUGGAUUAUGCUCUUCUAUUUGGCAACCCAGAGUUUGUUGCCAUCUAGUCCUGGUCAGCUGACUGACUGUAGUCUAUUAAUCCGCUAUUUCGCAGCAUAUCACCAUCUCUAACCACUAGAUGUAGUUUAUAAAUGUAUGACGGGAUUUCAGAGGGACAAAGAAUACAGUCUAACGAUCAGUUUAUCUGUUUAAUCAGCUUAACAAAAUUAUAGUAGCUUGUAAGAUUUUGGAAAAAGCUGUAGUUACUGUGCAGUCGUACUAAACUAAACCCAUAGCCUAUAGAUAGCCCUAACCUCUUACUAACUAACUAGGUAGCUACCAGUCUAACGUUGUAAACGCUGAUAGUUAGCUAAAUUAGGUUGCACUAAUGAUGUCAAGUGGAAACCGCAAGGUUUGAGGCUAUGGAUAUGACUGGGACGAGUGGAAUAACCAUGGAGACGCCCGAACUACCUAUCGAGAUCACCACCUACAUCCUGAGUUUCCUGCAUGCGUCAGACAGAAAGGAGGCAUCUCUGGUCUGCAGGAGCUGGUAUGAUGCUAGCCAGGACCAUCGCUUCCAGAGGAACCAGACCUUCAAGUUCCCAGCCUCCACCUGGUCUUUGGAUCUGAUCCGUGGCCUGGGAAGACUCUCCUGCUGCAGCCUGGUGAUCAGUCACCUGGAUGGGUCCAGUUUGUCCCGGGCCGUGCUCCUGGAGGUGGGGCUCCACCUGGGCCCUCGGCUGGAGAGCCUGGCCCUGCCAGGGAGCAGUGUGACAGAGGCCUCCCUCCUGGCCCUGCUCCCCCACCUGACCUCCCUGCGCAGGCUGGACCUCCGGGGCCUGGACAGCCUCUUCAUGUCGGGGGCCUUCCUCUCCCGGGACGAGCAACGCCAGCAGGUGCGUGUGGCCCUGGCAGGCCUGGAAGAACUGGACCUAUCAGAUCUCCGCUACCUCUCGGACCUCACCUUCAACCGCCUGACAGGCUGCACUCCUAAGCUGCACCGCCUCUCGCUGGCCGGGUGCCACAUUGCCUUUGAGUUUGACCCGUACCGCGGCUGCCCCGUGGGUGUCGUCCAGGACUCGUCGGCUCUGCUGUCCCUGAGGAAUCUGCGGAAGCUGCUUCUGGAACAAUCCUCCACCAUGAGGGGCCUGGACCUCAGUCGCACCUCCAUCACACCUGAGUCCCUGCGCUCAGUCGCCAAGGUGGAGGGCCUGAGGUUGCAGGAGCUGUGUUUGCGGGGCUGUAAGGAGCUAACUGACUACUCUGUGGAGGUUCUAUGUAAGCACCAGCCGGGCCUCAGCAGUCUGGACCUGAGCGCCUGUACUGAGCUGACCAGCAGGGCGGUGCUAGCGGUCAGCCUGGGCCUUCCGAACCUCAAGAGUCUCUCUCUGUCCAGAGACUGGAGGAUUACUGACAAAGGUCUGGCUGACCUGGUGUCCCUCCCUGAGCUGAAGAGUCUGGACCUGUCUGAGUGUCUGCAUGUCAGCGGAGCUGAGAUGGUGAAGGGUCUGUCUGGACCAGGCCCUCGGGCAGGCCUGGAGACCCUAAUCUUCAAGAGCUGCACCUACAUACGGGACCUGACGGUCUAUCCCUUGGCUCAGCUGCUGGGCGCCAGUCUGCGUGUGCUGGACCUGAGCUCCUGCGUGUACCUGACGGACCUGAGCGUGCGGGCCAUCGCCACCUACCUGCAGGGGCUGGUGGUGCUCCGUCUGGGCUGGUGCAAGGAGAUCAGCGACUGGGGCCUGCUCGGCAUAGUGGAGCCCACCAAGGAGUGUGAACCUGCUCAGGAGAUUGAGGACAAGGACCCCAAGUUCACCAGGACGUUCGGGAACAUGGGCUUCUUCCGGCCCCCCACCCUUCUCUUCCAGGAGAAACCUCGGCUGGUGACGGAGGAGGACUUGAGGGUGUUCAGGGAGCAGGAGGGGGCUUCUCUCCUGGCCCUCCACUCCCUCCAGGAGCUGGACCUCUCAGCCUGCUCCAAGCUGACCGACAGCAGCAUCACACAGGUGAUUCGCUACCCAGACCUCCAGCGCCUGUCCCUGUCCAUGCUCCCCGAGAUCAGUGAUGCCAGCCUGGGGUCUGUGGCCUGGCACUGCCGCAGCCUCACCAGCCUGGCUCUCAGCCACUGCCCCCGGAUCAGCGACCACGGCAUCGCCCGCGCUGCGCCACACCUUAGCAGGCUGCAGCACCUCUACCUGUCCUGCUGCGAUGCCGUCACCGACAGGUCUCUCUCUGUCCUAGCUCAACACUGUAAGAGACUCCGCACACUAGACAUCUCCAUGUGCAAGGAUAUCUCCAUAACAACUGUGGACCUCCUCCAAUCACAGUUGCCCUUCCUAGAAAACGUCCACUGUCGCUUUGUGGGCGGGGCGGACCUGACUCUCACCCUGUGAUUGGUUGAUUGUCUAACUGGUUUCGCCGAAGACAAAUUGCUGCUCGAAUCUCAUUUCAGUGAUCUGCACUUACAACGCUCCUCUUUUACGUGGUUGUGUGUAUGAAUGCCUGCACGUGUGUGUACGUACAUAUGCAGACAGGAUCCAG